AUUCAAAUACAUACCACAAUUAAAUGUAAACCUUGUAUUACAAAAUGAUUUAUCCACUAUAUAGUUAUAGUGGCGUACUUUGAAUACAGUCUAGAUAAUCAAAAUAUGCUACGGGUAAUGGUCGAGGUCCGUGCAACAAAUUAGCUUGCUUGUUUCUUCGGAUGUAUUUAGUGGAUGGACAAGAAUGCCGCUAGGAAAUAAAGGCGUUUCAGCUACAGUAGCUCAAAUGCCACUUGUUAAGUUACUGUAAAUAUUUACGUGUCAUAAUAACCACAUUAGUGUGAGAAAUACACGUUAAAGAUAUUUGAGAGUAAGCUCAGUGUGAUCAUGGCUGCAUCAGUGAGUCUGGAGUUGGACCCUGUCUUCCUAAAGGGACUGGGAUACCUGCACUCAAAGAGCAAAGACUCUGUGGAUAAACUCAGAGCUCUGCUGGACGAGUCUCUAUCUGGCAGAGGGAGUGAUUCCUCUUACCGCUCAUCACUGAAGGAGGUGGAGGUGACAAAGGUGUCGGUGUCCAAGAUGAGCAUAAAUAAACAGGACUCUAAGUCCUCCUCCAGCUCCUCCUCUUCAUCUAGCAGCAGCAGCAGCAAGUCCAGCAGCUCAGAGAAGAGCAAGAAGGAGGUGGAGAAGAGGCCUUCAGAAAAGGUGAGGGUAGAGCCAGGUGAAGGACCUGAACCGUCUAAAAAGCCUCGCCUGGAACCCAAGCAGCAGGAGAACCGCUCGUCCCCCGUCACAGUCCAGCCCUUCAAAGACAUACCUCUGCCUGACUUCUCCAACUUCGACGCGGAGACCAACGCUGACGACUUCGCCAUGGAGAUGGGGCUGGCCUGUGUGGUUUGCAGGCAGAUGACGGUGACGUCGGGCAACCAGCUAGUGGAGUGCCAGGAGUGCCACAACCUCUACCACCAGGACUGCCACAAGCCCCAGGUGACGGACAAGGACGUCAACGACCCGCGCCUGGUGUGGUACUGCGCCCGCUGCACCCGGCAGAUGAAACGCAUGGCCCAGAAGACCCAGAAGCCUUCACAGAAGCCGACACCAGCCGUUGUGUCAGCAGCCCCCGUGGUGAAGGACCCCCUGGUUAAGAAACCGGAGCUCAAGGUCAAACCCGACACAUCCAGCACCUUUCAGGCCUUCAAACGAACUGAGGUGAAGGCGUCUGCAGCAGUGUCUGCCAACCCCUCCAGUAGCAGCGGCUCCUUGCAGUCGGGCAGCGGCCUCACAGGGUGGGCCGCCUUCGGGGCCAAGACCUCCUCUGGCCCUGGCGCCAGCACCAAACCUGGCUCCUCAGGGCCAAGUGGAAGUAGCAAGACAUCCUCUACCCCGCCUGGUCAGAAACCUGCCGGACUCUCUGGGCUGGCCAGCUCUAAGACGGGUGGAGGAUUGGGCGGCAGUGGCUCCAAGAUGGCGAUCGGAGGAGGGAAUGGAAAUAAUGGUGAUGGUGGAAACGGCUCCAGCUCUGUGCCUCUGAAGCCUCCUCCACCUCUGACCCUGGGGAAGCAGACCCUAAACCGGUCCUCCAGUGGGGAGAACCAGGGGAGGGGGACAAGUCCUGGGUCCUCCCCCAGCGGGUCUCAGCCCAGCCUGGGAGGGAACGGCGGAGGGUCUGGGGGCAAUGGAGCAGGGAAUGGGAACGGUAACGGGUCGAAGGCGGCGGCUGAAGCGCCAGGGGGUGGCAAGGCGCCCACGUCCCAGGAGUCUCAGCUCAACGCCAUGAAACGCCUGCAGAUGGUGAAGAAGAAAGCGGCUCAGAAGAAGCUGAAGAAAUGAAUGGAAUGAGAGGAGUAGUGAGGGAAGGAAGAAAAGAAAGAAAGAAAGGGAGAAGUGUGUAAGUAAGACGUUAGAGGUGGAAGUUAUGAAUGGGAGUGCCAGAGCAUUGAAUUAACUGUAACAUGGAUGUAACCUAAUCCAUUUGAAUACUUGAAUUUCAUUGAUGUAUGAAAUGCUGCUGGAGAUACUGUUAGUGGCUAUAAUGUGCCUCUUCGUUCUGUCCAAACUCAGCCACGGCAAAAUGUAAUAAAAUGUAUUAUUUUUAUGA